AUGAAGCUGUCACCCGGUUGCCAAGAUGCGCAUGUGUCAUCUUUAUACUCAUAUAGGAAUUCGGCUGGAUGUGACCUCGGCAUGGCUGGGGAGACUCAAAAUGAUGAGCGCUCAGACGACGACGAGGCUGCUGAUGAUACGCUGCGGAAAAGGCUGUCAGCUGCGUUUGAAGAGGUGGCCACACCUUCACCUGGACGACUCACCGUCACCCCUCCAACCCGCCAUCCGCAGUGUCCGAGCCUCACCCCAAGCGCAGACAAGCCCAGACGGCCACAAGCAGGCCCCCCUUCGGAGUCGGAGAUCUUCAUGAAACUUCAGCUGCAGCAAAUGCAGGAAGCCAUGCAAGCGCAAAGUCUGCUGUUAGCACAAUUGACACAACAAUCAGUUGCUGCAGCAGCCGGCAAUGCCAGCAAUACCGUGCCACCUGCUACACGUGCCGCAACAAACGGAACCCCGGCCCCGGAACCGUCCAAGCCAAGCCCAGCCAAAGCCCCGAAAGCUGCCGCAGCUCCGAAGAGGAGUCCAACUAAAAAGGCAAGCCCCGAGAAGGACACUGCAAACAAGCAAGGAAAGGAAGCAAAUGCCGAUGACGACAGCAGCGCGGCCAUUAUCACUCCGGACGGCACCCCUGAGGACUGCAAGAUCCACGCGAAGAUGAAGGAGACAUCGAAGAUACGACGUUCCGAUUUGGACAAGCAAACCCGUGCUACCGAGGAGGCCGGCGAAUCGACCGGGCACCUUGCGCUCAAGGACUUCGAUGCUCCUCUCGGCCUGGACAUGGAGGGCGCUGCUGCAGCAGAGCAGUCGGCAAGUGGUGAUGUUGCCAAGGUCAAGUCUGAGAUCAACCGCUACCUGACGCAGGUUAAUGGUAAAAUCGAUUCCAUUGUCAAAAUGAUGGGCCAGCUUGUGCCACCGUACAACCCCGAUCCCAACGAGCAAACCGGAAUGCUUCACGAUGAGCUUGAGGCAGUCAGGAAGGAGCUCGAGGUGCAGCACGGCAAGCUUGCUUGCCUACUCGGGUCUUUGGGGAUGGAGGACGUGGAUGACACGGGGAUCCAAAAGGCAAAGCUGGACUUCGUUGCUUUGCGGGAGGCUGCUGCAGAAGCAGAAGCAUCCGUGACCCCGCAAAGGGCCAAGGCGAAGGCGAGAUGCUGCACGUUGGUGGCAGAGCCUCUGAAAGAGAUACCGGAGGCUUCUGUUGAUUAUCCAAUGAUUCGAGCUACUGACUUCAUACAUCUCAUCGAUGAGCAGCACUUCUGGACUAGGCUUAUCGGGCAAAGCAGCUUUUCUGUCGGUUGCCAAAUGAUGGCCGAUUUCUGGGCUCGCUACAGAAUCAUCUUCCCUGACUACGAGCUCUUUACGAGAGCAGAUCGUAAUGAGGUUGACUUAAACCGGUGCCUGCCAUGCCUCAUUCAUGGCGAUGAAGGUACGCAUUACAAGAGGUCGGGGAUAAUGAUAGUGCAAUGGCAGUCCGUAUUUGGAAAGGGUACGAGCUUGCUGGGCCGGGAAGCUUUUGCUGAUCGCUUGCUGGGCGAAAGCAACGCCAAAGCUUUUGUUAAUCAGCGAGGAGUUACUUUCACAACCCGUUUCCUUCUGGGCGUUCUCCCCAAGGACCUUCCUAUUGAGGACUACGCCCAGACCCCGGAGGUGCUGGACCAGUUCUUUGCACAUAUCGUGGAGGCUACGGCUGGAAAGCUGCAGCGGACAUUCCGCCAGGGUCCCAAGGCGGCCUCAUCUUCCAAACCGGGCAAGGGCCUAUGCCAUUAUUGUUUGGCAGGAAGGGAAGGAUAUGAUUGGGAAGAUAUGAUUUUCAGCUGCACGUUCAUGUCUUAA